CCCCGCCUCUGCAAGGAACAAACCAAGAUGUAUUAAGAAAACAACCAUGUCUCGAACAAAUUUGUGCGCCAAAGCAUACAAGACAUGCACCAAUUUUAUUGCAACAAGAUUAGAGAGUUCAAUUUUGUAACUCAACGGAGCUCCAUGUAAAGCUAAAGAAACACAAUCCACUAGAGUUCUUGAAACCUCAGACAGUGGUACGAAUUAAGUUCAUUAGUGUCCCAAAACCACUAUGUCCCUUUAAUAGAAACUAGAUCGAAAGCAUUUAAUCUCUUGGCUAAAUUGAAGAUCUUCUGGUUGUAGCACUCUUUUGUUGUGCUCUCCUGAGCCACUGUUGUAUUUGCAAUUCAUUCAUGAGCAUGGUUUUUUUCGUUUCAUAAAAAUCUGCCAUGAAUUUAUUUAUAUCUUCUCUAUCUUCAAUCAUAGACACCCCCAAAGAAGAACAUUAACAAAUAAGAAGCUCCAAAGAAGAGUAUUUCGUCGGAGCAAGAGCUUCAGACAGAGAUAUUUAAACAAAGUCAAAUGUUAGCAAAAUAUAUGCAAAAAUGAUCCAAAAAAGUAAAUGAAUUUAGUCCAAAAUUUAGAUAAUAAAAACGUGACUUUUUACACUUAUAUUUUGUUACGGAAUAAGUAUGUAUGAGUAUGACAAACAAACUUCCCUUACAAAAUAGUACUACUGGAUGGUAUAAAAAAUGUGACAGAGAUCUGCUUUUUCCCCGGAUGUAUGUCAAUUUAGGCUGAACUGACUAAACAAUAAUCUUGGUGUUUGUUCAUCUUCUCUCUUUAUCAUUGUCUUUGGAUUAAUUGUGUGAAAUGUGAAUUUGUCUUGCACAAAGGUUAAAUAUUUGUUCUUGUUGAAUUUAUUGUUGGUUGGACUGUUUAGUUUGAUCAUCAAUGUUAUUUGUUCCUCUUUGUCUUGUUAGAUUCACACGUGGUUUGAAUUCACAACACUAUUGAUUGAUACAUGAUAUGAGUUUAAGAGCAUACCUCUGACCUAAUUGGUGCUUGCUCAUUCUUAAGUAACACCAUAGAAUCUGUGGGGCUGAAAGGAAUUGAGCAAGUACUGUAAGAGAAAGUACUUUGGACCAAUAAGAUAGAGAUACAUGUCCGAUCCAAGUUUACGUGAACCAUACGAUAAUGAUAACCAUGUGCACGUACCGUAUUCAUAUCAACCUCUUCUUCUCUUAGAAUAAUAGAUGCUUCCAUCAAUCAUUACUUUCAUUUCCUUCUGCAAGUGCUUCAAUUCAUGGAUACAAGGAUGCAGGCCUUUUUGCUUCAUCUUGUUCUUGCUUCCUUUGUUUUCUUGAGCUCUAUCAGAGAUGGAUAUGCAGGGAUCACAAGUUCUUAUGUUAGAUCAGAGUUUCCAUCUGUUGAUAUCCCACUUAAUCAUGAAGCAUUUGCAGUUCCAAAGGGUUAUAAUGCCCCUCAACAAGUGCAUAUCACACAAGGUGAUUAUGAUGGAAAAGCAGUAAUCAUCUCAUGGGUGACCCCAGACGAAGCAGGGUCCAGCCAUGUACAAUUUGGCACAUCAGAGAAUAACUUUCAAGCUAGUGCAGAAGGCACAGUUUCAAAUUACACUCUCGGCAAAUACAAGUCUGGUUACAUUCAUCAUUGUCUUGUUGAUGGCCUUGAGCAUAAUACUAAAUACUACUACAGAAUUGGAACCGGCGAUUCUUCUCGAGAAUUUUGGUUUAAAACACCUCCCAAAAUUGAACUAGAUGCCCCUUACAAAUUCGGGAUCAUUGGUGAUCUGGGACAAACAUUUAAUUCUUUGUCCACCCUUGAGCACUAUAUAGAGAGUGAAGCACAUACUGUUCUAUAUGUUGGAGAUCUUUCUUAUGCUGAUAAUUACGAGUACACUGAUGUUGGUUUACGGUGGGAUACAUGGGGCCGUUUUGUUGAAAGGAGUACAGCAUAUCAGCCAUGGAUAUGGUCUGCAGGAAAUCACGAAAUCGAGCACUUCCCCUACAUGGGAGAAGUUGUUCCUUUCAUGUCCUAUCUUCAACGACAUACUACUCCUUAUUUGGCGUCCAAGAGCAGCAGCCCCCUAUGGUAUGCAAUCAGGCGUGCAUCUGCUCAUAUAAUUGUACUAUCCAGCUAUUCGCCAUUUGCAAAGUACACACCACAAUUUGAAUGGCUUGGUGAAGAGCUGAAGCGGGUCGAUAGAAAGAAGACACCUUGGCUCAUUGUUCUCAUGCAUGUGCCGCUUUACAACAGUAACGAAGCUAACUAUAUGGAAGGUGAAAGCAUGCGAGUGGUUUUCGAGAGCUGGUUCAUCAUGUACAAGGUUGACGUGAUCUUUGCUGGCCAUGUCCACGCUUACGAAAGAUCGUAUCGAUUCUCUAACAUAGAUUACAACAUAACAAGCGGUAACCGGUAUCCUGUACCUGACAAAUCAUCCCCUGUGUACAUAACAGUCGGAGAUGGAGGAAAUCAAGAAGGUCUUUGUUCUAGGUUCAUGUAUCCUCAGCCAUAAUACUCCGCAUUUCGUGAAGCCAGCUACGGACACUCCACAUUGGAGAUAAUCAAUAGAACCCAUGCUGUCUACCACUGGAACCGCAAUGAUGACGGAAAAAAAGUUCCAGCUGACUCGUUCGUAUUGCAUAACCAGUAUUGGAAACCCUUUUUGGCAGAUAUGUAAAUCAACACACCUAAGACAUCUCAACCAUCAAUGAGGAAAUCUGUUAGGUCCAGAACUUGUACAUGUGGGUUCCUAACAAAAUCAAUGGUCGAAGCAAUCUCAUAUUUGACGUUAUGCGAAGAAUAAAAAUGUGCCUCCUGAUUAAUAUAUGCUGCUCAAUAGUCUUCGAGUAAGUGAAAUGCAGGUUAUCAGAAAUGUUUCUAUGUACUGGGCUUGUUAUCUAUGUUUGUAUAUUCUUUGGUUUUAGUAAUAAAUAUAUUGAACAUGUAUGCUUGUA